UGCACCGCAAAUGACGUCUCUACCCAGAGUCUCAAAUUUUCCACCGUUUAAUGCAUCCGAAUAAUUGGAUAAAUGGAUUUGGAUGUUGUUACGAGGUCUUUACCCCCCCUAGUCAAGGGGAAAAUCCAUGGAUAUCUGAAACUAGUGAUCAGUGAGGUGAUUUGGCAUCGCACACGACCAGGGGAUGUUACCGUCAUUGCUUCCUGGUGGGGUGAAACCGACAGUGCUCAUUUCAGACCGGUAGACCCCACGAUGGACAGCACUCGUGCCGCAAGCGAAACCACAGAAACCUACGCAGUAAGAACAAACUUCGACUUAUUCGAAGAGUACCUAACAAACUGUGGAACCGUGGACCUCCUAAUAAUUUCUGAACCCCUGAACGAGAUCGUUGGAACAGCCCAAAUAUCCGAUCUCCACGAGAUAUUCAGAGGUAAAUCCUACAUCCAAUACUGCAGUAUAAUCAAUAAAGUGGGAACGAAAAUAGGAGACAUCCCCGUGAGCCUCACCUUAUCAAAAGCCCAGAGGAGUCCCAGAAAACUCAAAGACAAGAAAUCAGCCCUGUCAUCGCUCCCAGACAACGACUUACCCGAACCUGACCUGAAUUUCGCUCUAAAAAAUCCUCUCCCUCACCGGAAUACGCCACCAACCAGCGAAAAAGAGUCUUACAAACCUGAAGAGAACAUCUAUCGAUCAAUCCUCAAAGAAAAAAGAUUCAGCAUGAACAGAACCGCCGAAAAAUCGGCCUCCAAAGUAACCGAUAAACUAGUUGCUCAAGUAGUUGCUAGAGCCCAGAAGCUCCGAGGAGUCCUAAUGAAGGAAACUAAAGACGAUUUCCUCGAGACAAACGAAAAUUCCCUCGACAGUUAUCGAUCUGAAAACGACCCCGAGGACCCCGACGCCGCCCUCUACAAAUACUUCAUGGGGUCCAGUUUAUCUCGAAAAGACGAAAAGCGAGCGUUGGAGAAAUUACGAUCGACGUCACCGACUCCCAGUCUCAUUGACAUCGCCACAGAAACCAUAGUCUCCUGCAGGGACGACAAAACCUCGGAUCGCUCCCCCUGGUCUCGAAGGAACACUGAGGAAUUACCAGACCCAUUGAACGAAGAAAUAUCAUCGAAUCGUCUGACGGUGCAUCAGAAAGAGGCCACCCCCAUGGACUACGUCGACAGUCUUCGAAUAGCAGUUGAAUCCCUAUCACUGACUCCUGCUGGUUACAGAAGAGUGAAAUCCUCCUGUCUCACCCGAGGCGAUGGACUCCCCACUUCAGUAACCUACUUCGUGCAGUACGACGCAGCCUUCGCGAACGUGAAAAAAUACAACAAAAAGGUCAUCAAUGAGAGUAAAAAGCCAGUGAAGAUAUCUUCAAGAAGACAAGACGGUCAGAUCAUUCAGUUUAAUCAUGAGGCAGUCUACAAUCUUCCUCGAUCACAUGUUCACUUGCAAAUGAACAUGCCCCUGAGGUUCAAGAUAUUCAAUCGUCACCUGGAGCAGAGGACCCCCACCGAGCUCGGGGUGGGCUCCAUCUACAUCGGAGAUGCUGCUAAAUCCCCUCACCUCAACUCCACCCAAAAACUAGCCAUCGUGAAGAAGGGAAUAAAAAUAGGUGAGCUUAAGGUCACGAUUGAGCUUGGGUGUGACAAAAUCCACUUUGGGAGGCAGUUCAUCGAGGCUGUGACGAUGGCCAAGGAGAACAUUCCAGUGCUGGAGCUGUCCCACGGGGCCAUGAGUAAUUUGAAUCGUUACAAAUGCACCACCGGAAACGAAUCUAAACCCAGUGGAACCAACACUGGAGUCACACCAGUUCCUGAUCAGAGGCAGUGUUACUCCAGACACGAAGGAAGUGGUCAGAACUCAUCUGCAAGUAGAAGAGAAAUCUCCGAGAAGACUGAGGAGAGACUGAAAACGGAUGUUCCUGCGCUUCCAGAGGAGAAGACUCUCCUUCAUGGCCUGAUUCACAUAGUUGAGGGUAGAAAUCUGCCAGCAAUGAACACUUACAUAAUCUGUCGAGCCCUGUGGAGGCAGGAUAAGUCCUCCAGCAGGGUCUGCACUGACACAACGAACCCCCACUACAACUUCCACCAGAUAAUGCCAUUGAUUUAUGGAUUGGAACUCCUGGAGAGAACGAAAGACAACUGCAUAAUCACCGAAGUCUACUCGAAGAGUCUCAUCGGUGAAGAUAAUCUCAUUGGAAUCUCAAAACUAUCGGUUCACCAGCUGUACGUGGCCUUCAGGGAUCCCCUGGUCCUUCCAAAUUUACUGAAAUCUCGAUACCCAGUGAUAAGCGUAGACGGUUGGGUUCUAAUAACAGAUCCAGUUACUGGGAGACUCUGUGGAGAGCUGUCAGCCCUAGUGGCUCUUGGCACUGCUGAUCAGAUAGCCCUCCUCGAGAUGACGAGGGAUCUUCGAGGCAGAAAUUCCCCAGAAGAUUCUCCCAGAAGAAGCCUGAAUCACCAUCGAGAACCCUCGAGAGAGUCCAGUGUUCGCACUCAAGAGUGUCAAACCGAAAUUUCCACAGUCUCAGACAUUAAAUCCGCAGAUUCGAGAUUCAAAAUGUCUGAGGAAUUGCGAGGGGAGCAGACAGCUGUUCUCCAUACUAUUGUAGACAAACUAGCUCAGGCACUGACUGCUCCCAGAAUCAUCACAAAUCAAGAGGCACAGACUGAGUUUCAAGUCCCUACGAGAGAGUCUGACCUCCACGUGGAGAUGAAUCCCAAUUCCCAGGUUCUGAGUUCAAAUCCAUCGAACAGCAAUAGUUUCUCUGGUGACAGUUUCAACGAGGGCCCUCGAGACAAUUUUGUAGUAUCGAGGGAGAUUUAUAGGAGUGUGGGGGUAGGGGCUGAGUUUAGUGAGCCUGCUGAUCAGAACAAUCAGGCUGUGAACGUUGAUGAUUACAGUUCGACUCCAGCAUCUGUUGGCAAGAGAGUUGAAGGCCCUAGCUCUUCCAAAAAUGACAUUCCCCCACGUGGGAAAGGACGUGAGGACUCAGUGGAUGAUUCUGAGGAUGGGGAGGGCUUUAGGGCGGUUAUCGAGAUAGAGUGUGCCCUGCAUCUGCCCACUGUGGAGUUAUCAAAUGGUUCAGUGGAACCUAACACCUACGUCACCUUCCAGAAGCUCCCAGGGGGUCGACACGAGAGAACUGACGUCUGUCCAUACAGCUGCAAUCCCAGGUACGACUGGAGAUGCGACACUAAAUUAUCAACAGAGCUAUUGACGAACGAGAAGAUGAGACUGAUUAUGAAGGUUUGGAGAUUACUGGAUGCUGAAGCUGAUGGGACGAUCAAUCAAGAGAGAGAUAUUGUCAUUGGAUUUUCAGCUAUUGAUCUGUCAGUUCUGACGGCUGGCUUUCCAGUGGUGUCUGGAUGGUUCCACAUCAAUGAUUUCUCUGGUAAAUCUAAUGGACAGUUGAAGGUCUCUGUGACACCACUGGACAACAUCUCGUCGUUCUCCAGGUGUGGAGGGACGUCGAGGGUGCAGGCCCCUCUGGACCACUCGAAUUUCUCUUCACCUUAUCCAGAGGACCUCGAGAGGAUCGCUGGAGGAAAUGAUAUUCAGACGGGUACUGAAUCGUCUGAGGAAUGUCCUCAAAUCCCAGCAGAGAGUGCCUUUGAUAUUGCUCUGGGCCUCGGUGAUGCGUCGAUGUCGUUCCUCUCGUCUUCCCUGAAACAGAAAUUGACGGAGUUAGAUGAGAUCAAGCAACGUCUGCAGUCUCGUCUGCUGGAUGUGACGAGUACAGCUUUUGAAGAUGAUUUUGAUAAUGACUUUGACUUUAUCGAGGGGGAGGCGGACCCCGAGGGUGACGAUAAUAAUGGAAACAGCUGGAACAUUGAAGCCUCGUCUCGACUAGCACCUGCGGACAAUAGUUCAACAGAGAAUGGACUGGUUAACAAUCGGAUAACGAAUGGAAAUGGUGAAGUAAUGGGGGAAAUCGAGAGUAAUAAGUACCCCCAGGGUACCAGUGACAAUAACACGAACACUCUAGAGGCGAAUCUAACAGACACUGGGUACUCCUCAGGUUCGAACGUCCAGCAAACUGUCACCAAUGGCCACAGGACUGAGCAAAGAGUCUUCGAAAUCCCUCAGAAUAUCAAUCCACUGAUCAAUGGACAACAUGAGGACCAGGGGUACCCAGCCAGAGGCACUCGAAUGCACAUAAGUCAUUUAUUGGAUAAACUCUCGAUGCAGCUGACGACAGCCCCUGCCCCCAUCGGAAAUCUCCCGAUGAAGCGAAACAUCAUGGAUUUGAUCAGUAGUUUAAGAAGGAAUAAUAAUAAUUUUUCUAACGACAUAAAGUGCAAUCGCCAGGCGAAUGUGCGAACAGUUCCAACUCAGACUGAUACGAAUUUCAUCAGUAAUACUCAGUCGAAUAAUUCGGAGGUGAAGACUGAGACGAAGAGGAAUAAUUCGACUUUUAGUAAUGAAGAGGAUCCUUUCAAGGAGGAUGAGAUUCCGGCGAAAACUCAGAAGAGGGAGAAAGUGUCGACGAUUGUCAGGGAAGAAUUGAUUAAUGACGAUCAGAAUGAUUCUUCGGAGUAUGAUGAGCUCUCGACGCACCUAAUGACUUCCAAUAUUCGACACAUGAAUUCAAAUGAUAUGGUGAAUCCUCUGUUGUACAGGCAUGCACUACCGGACAUAUCGGACUUACCUGAUUUGCCAGAGGUGCAUGCAACCGGUCAGGAGUCCUCCAGUCCAUCAUUGACACCUGAUGACGACACCCUCGAGAGACUAGACUCUCGUUACUCCGAGAGUUUCAGUGCCACGAUAAAUAAGAGUUUGGGGAGAUUGAGAAAUUUUCUUGAUGGGGAAUCCACAUCCCAGGUGCCUCGAUUAUCCCCGACUACUGAGAGUACUGAGUUGUUUCGCGUGACUCCGUCUGGGGUACCUGAGAAUACAGAUGGGAAUAUCGAUGUAACUGUUAUUCAUAAACCGUGUAAUGAUGAACUGAUGGCGAGCAACAGCAUGGAAUCUACAACAACUGUUUCGGGGGAUAAUACAAUGCGAACUGGGACUGAGAUCGAUGAUAACAGUUCGUUGAAUUCGGAGAGCUCGGUAUCAGCGGUAUCGAGGCAAGCACCUGAUGGGGGGAAUACUGUGGAGGAUCCUGGUAGACCUGCUUUGAUGAAGGGAAGGGAAAAUUCUCAGGAUUCUUCCGCCGGAAAUUAAAUUCUGAGGAGAAAAAGAACUGAAUUCAAAUUUUCGUCAAGUCAAGAAUUUUUGUCAGGAGAGAAUUGAUUCAUUGGCGAUCAGAAUGAGUAUUCGGAGUAUGGUGAGUAGAAGGGGAAGGAAAAUUCGGAGGAUUCUUCCUCUGGGAAUUAAAUUUUCGAGGGAAUGUGGAGCAAAUUCAAGGUUUUGUCAAUCCAGUGUUGAUCACUUUUUUUUAUCAACAAAUUUGUCAAUUUUUUAGCUCUUCGCAGAUAGAUUUUAACUCUUCGCUUGUAUUCUCUUUUAAACGUGAUCUUCAUUGUUUUCUUUAGUUUGAUAAUUUGAAAUAUUAUCAAUUGCCAUUUAGUUUUAUUUAGUUUUAUUUAUAGUCUCCAAAAAUUGUUUUUACAAUUAAAAAAACGUUGAGAGAAACCUUCUUGAGUAAUAUUGGGAAAUAAACGCAAUAGGGAGAAAAUUGCAAAUUAAUAAUUUACUGUAUCGAAUGGCUGUUAGGUCGUCAUUUUUUCACAGCCAAUGGCUGCCAGAUCGUUAAUUGCUGUAAUAAAUUAUCCAUUUACAAUUUCCUUCCGAUCGCACUUAUUUUCUAAUCUUUAUUAAAAAUGUUCCGUUUUUUUCUAUUUUUUUUUAUUGUACAAUAAUAUUUUUUAGAGACUUCUGCGUGAUGUAAAAUUCAAUGGGAAUUCUGAUAUUUCAAAUUAUGAAGAUAAAAAAACAAUCGUCAUAACGCUCGAAAGAUAACCCAUCUGAACCUUGAAUUAAUAACUUUUUUCCAUGAUUUCUUUUUACGAAUUCACUGGUGAAUUGCAUCGUUUAUCUUGGAAAUGAGUUAAUUUCGUCGAUCAGACAAAAAAUUCGACAUUCUCCCCUAGAAAUCAUCCGCUCUGAAUAUUUCGUACUAAACAACAUCUGAUGCAUGAAAAAAAGAGAUUCUAGCGCAUUCGUUGGAAAGUUCUAUUGGUGUUUUGUUGAAAUUCUAUUGAAAACUUAUUAGAAUGCCAUUUGACAUUCUACUCAUCCUUUUCCUGUUUUGUCAGUAAACAUUUUUGGGCUCGAAUUUCAAAUUUUGUUUCUAGAAUUUUGCGAUAAGAACCGAAAAACAUAGAGCAGAAAACCUUAAACAAUUUAUGUCCAAGACUUCACAUUUUUAGUUCUAUUAGUAUUCCUGUAGAAAACUGAAAAGUGGAGUUUAAAUAGAGGAGUUUCAAUAGAGAUUCAGUAGGAUUUCCCAGCAACAGUCGGAGAUUUGUCUACAUAAAGUUUUCAUGUAUACCAGAAAUCUAUUUGUUACCUUUUUUAAUAGAAAAUUUGUAUUAACAACUCAGUACCAGUUGAAUGUCAGCAUACGUAAUGUAAAUCGCUAAAUAGGCCAUUCUAAACAUGAAAGAAAUGCAGCCCUCUUCAUGUAUCGAAUUUCCAAAUGUCCCAACAUCUGCGACAAUUGAUUUUUAUGGAGUGAAGAAAAUUCUCUAUUCGCAAAAAUCGACAAAAAAACGAUGUGGAAAUUUUUACAGAAAAAAAAAUACGUCGUACUCUUUAAUCAAAAAAUACGACCAGUUACCUAGUAUAAACUCGAUGUAUUUACCAUUAAAAUAUUUUUUAUAUAAUCUUUCUGUAAAUAGAAAACAAUUUGUAGUAAUAUUAUAUCGGUGUAAGGAAUGUGUACAUACUAUGUGAAGUUGAAACAAUAAAACUGUCGAAAUAA